AUGAAAGGAACCUCCCACCUGGAUUAUGCUGGCAUAAAGAAAGAUCAUAAGCUCAAGUCCUCUUCUACCGUCUCGAAACCAAUGAUUCUCAUAUCAACCGCUUUUGUUAUCAUUCUCUGGCUAUCUUCUGCCUCGUCAUCAAAGUCCGAAGACCCAACUGUUGGUAAAGAAAAGGCCAACAAGGCAAAAGCCGCUUUCGAGCUGACUUGCUCUGGAUUUGCAAAUGAAACUAUCAUCCCGAUGAAGUACGCACGAGAUGGUGACAAUCUUUCGCCACCUCUUUCAUGGUCAGGUAUCCCAGAUGGAACCCAAUCCUUUGCCAUGAUCAUGGACGACCCCGAUGCUCCUACACCGAAACCCUGGGUUCACUGGAUUAUUUACAAUAUUCCGUCCACGCAAACAUCCCUUACAGAAGGUUUGAAGGCGGAUGGAACUAUGAAAGAAGGACAAAAUUCAUGGAGCCUAUCCAAGUACGAUGGACCACAGCCACCAAAGGGACAGAUUCAUUUGUAUAUAUUCAAACUGUACGCCCUCGAUACUCUCUUGUUCUCGGGUGACACUUCAUCAGCCGGAAAGACAAAGGAACAAUUAGAACAAGCCUUUUCUGGGCAUGUACUUGCUGAAGCCAGAUGGACGGGAAAGUUUAGUAGGUAG